UAGAUGAGUUUGUGUGUAUACAUACAUACAUGCUUUGCUCAUAAAUAUCUUUCUGAACAAUAUAUUUUGCAAUUUACUUUUUAGGAGAAAUACCCUAUCAAAUAUUAGUUUUCCACAUAGUCAUAGAUAUUCAGUUGGAUGGAUAUAAAUCAAUUUAGACAGUACCCUACUGAUGGACAUCUAUAUUGUUUCUAAUUUUUUGCUGUUUUAAAGAAUGCUAAAGAAAUGUAUUUGUACAAACCAUAUAAGAUACAGGAUGAAUUCCUAAAAGUAGGAUUACUGGGGCAAAAAAUAUGUGGGGUUGUGUGUGUGUGUGUGUUUAAGUAGAUAUUGCCAAGUUUCUUUCCAAAAAGAUUAUACUGAGUUGUGCUCCUAACAUAACUUUUAGUCACACCUCCAUCAAUGUUGGAAAUUAUUUUUAUGAGGUUCAGAAUUUUUUCUGGAUAAUUUUAUAAGUUAAAUAUUCCAUGUGAACUUUACAAAUCAAUUUCUAAGGAAUAAUUUUGAGAAAUUUUUAAACAUUUGUCUUAUAGGUCAGUUUAUGAUAAAUUAACUUUGCCUAUGUAAGAUACGUCUUUCCAUUUUAGUUACGUCUCUUAUGAACUUCAAUAGAGAUAUUAAACAAAUAGUCCAUCUUUUUCAUUUAUUACUAUUUAUUAAUCACUUAUUAUGGCAUUCCAUUGAAGUCCCACUUUUGUCUCAUACUGAAUUGGCCUUUCUGUAUAUUUCUAUGGCAUUAUCUAUAUAUACAAAAUAUAUAUAUAUUUCAAUAUCUUGGUAAAUAUUUAACUCCUCUUGGUAUCAGUUUAUUAAUUUGUAAUGUGGUAAAUAUAUAAAUUUUGCAAAAUUAGUGGAGAAUUAAACAUAAUAUUAAAAGUUCUUGCUUCUCACCUGGUAUGUUCUGAAUGGAAACUGCUAUUCGUAUCAACACCAUCAUCAUCAAUAUGUGAAAACCCACAGGAGUCAAGCAGGUGAGCCUGAACCCAGAGCUGCACAUACGGUUUAUCAGAAUGUGUGGAGGUAAAGCCAUCUGAAGGAAAUUCAAGACCACAAAAUUUACUGACUGAAAUACAUUGUAUUGUUCAUACCAAGAAUAAGUGCAUUUGGAGAAAGAUCUUUUUAUUCUGCUAAAUCAUGAUGGAAGCAGAAGAGCAACAUCAGCCAUGGAAGACAACCUUCUACUCAGAAUUACCUAAAGUGGAACUUCAUGCCCACUUGAAUGGAUCGAUUAGUUCUAAUACCAUGAAGAAAUUAAUAGCCAAGAAGCCAGGUAUUAAAAUCCAUGAACAGAUGACGAUGAUUGACAAGCAAAAAAAAAGAACUUUAGAAGAAUGUUUCCAGAUGUUUCAAAUUAUUCAUCAGGUUACUACCAGCCCUGAAGAUAUUCUAAUGGUCACAAAAGAUGUCAUUAAAGAAUUUGCAGAUGAUGGUGUUAAGUACCUGGAACUAAGGAGCACACCCAGAAGAGAAAAUGCUACAGGAAUGACUACAAAGACUUAUGUGGAAUCUGUACUUGAGGGUAUAAAACAGUCCAAACAAGAAAACUUAGACAUUGAUGUUAGGUAUUUAAUAGCAAUCGACAGAAGAGGUGGCCCUUCAGUAGCCAAGGAGACUGUUAAACUUGCUGAAGAGUUCUUUCUUUCUACUGAGGAUAUAGUUCUUGGCCUUGACUUCAGUGGUGACCCUACUGUAGGACAAGCAAAAGAUUUCCUGGAACCCCUGUUAGAAGCUAAAAAAGCUGGCCUUAAGUUGGCAUUGCAUCUGUCCGAGAUUCCAAACCAAAAAAAAGAAACCCAAGUACUCCUGGAUCUGCUUCCUGACAGAAUUGGGCAUGGUACAUUUCUCAACUCCUCUGAGGGAGGAUCCCCAGACCUGGUGGACUUUGUGAGGCAACACAAGAUACCACUGGAACUCUGUUUGACCUCAAACCUCAAAAGUCAGACAGUUCCAUCUUAUGACCAGCAUCAUUUCAGGUUCUGGCACAGCAUUGCCCAUCCUUCUGUGAUCUGUACUGAUGAUAAGGGUGUUUUUGCAACAGACCUUUCUCAAGAGUACCGGCUGGUGGCUCAAACAUUUAAUUUGACCCAGUCCCAGGUGUGGGAUUUGUCUUAUGAAUCCAUCAACUACAUCUUUGCAUCUGAAAGCAUCAAGUCUGAACUGAGGAGGAAGUGGAAUCAUCUAAAGCCCAAAGUACUACACUUGUAAGCUAUGAUGAGAUGAACUACUUUCGAGGUGUGUUGUAACCAAGAUCUUCCCACCAUAUCCUACUUAGUAAACUGGGAUUUUAAAUAGAGUUAAAUAGUGUUAAGUUCCCUUAACACUCCAUUUGAAGCACAGCAGCUAAGCACCACGGACUCCAGCACCAGCACCUUACUUACGGUGGGCUCUGUUAAGUAUGUCUUCAACUGACUAGCAGACUCUGCAGUCUGACAUAGCUUACCUCCAUGCUGCUUCCUGGAAGGCCUUACAUGUUCCUGCUAACUAAACUCCCUAUUCCACCAGUGAUUUUGACUUAACAGCCCCUCUCCAUCAGGAAUAUCAAAGUAAUUUCUCAUCAGGAAAAGUUUUAUAAUUACUAGUCAAAAUAAGGUGCAGAGAGAGGGGAAAACAGAUUGCCCCCAAGACCUUAAACCUUCUAGCUUGUGACAAUAGCUCUGUAUUUUGUUGUGCUCACGUUAAUAAGACUUCCUUUACUCAAGUAUUCCCCAAAGCUGCUGACUCCAGGCUACACUGCCUACCAUGGAUUUUUGUGAAUAUAAUCUACUUUGGGUGACUCUACUGACAGAUAAAGCUAACUGCUGAGA